CCCGCCCCCCCCCCCCCGCCCGCAGCAGGCUACAUCGGCGACUACAUCGCGCCGGCCGCGUACGAGGGGGACGGCGAGGGCGCGCUCAAGGUGCCGUCUCCGGACCCCAUCUACCCGGGCUCCCACGGGGACUAUGGCGCGCCGGACUCGGAGCCGCCGGACAGCCCGCACUCGGGGAUGGCGGGGGGCUACAUCAACGGCGACGCGGCGGUGAGCGAGGGCUACGCCGUGGACGCCUUCUUCAUCACCGACGGGCGGUCGCGGCGCAAGGCGCUGAGCGGGGCGCGCAGCCUGCAGCGGCACACGUGCGGCGAGUGCGGCAAGACCUACGCCACCUCCUCCAACCUCAGCCGGCACAAGCAGACGCACCGCAGCCUGGACAGCAAGAUGGCCAAGAAGUGCCCGACCUGCGGCAAGGUCUACGUCUCCAUGCCCGCCAUGGCCAUGCACCUCCUCACCCACGACCUCAAGCACAAGUGCGACGUCUGCGGCAAGGCCUUCAGCCGGCCCUGGCUGCUGCAGGGCCACAUGCGCUCGCACACGGGCGAGAAGCCCUUCGGCUGCGCCCACUGCGGGAAGGCGUUCGCCGACCGCUCCAACCUGCGCGCCCACAUGCAGACCCACUCCGCCUUCAAGCACUUCAAGUGCAAGCGCUGCAGCAAGACCUUCGCCCUCAAGUCCUAUCUCAACAAGCACUACGAGUCCGCCUGCUUCAAGGGCGCCGGGCCCCCCCUCAGCCCCCUGCACGCCUGAGC